AUGAUCCCUCCAGCUCCUUCCAAAAUACUCAUUGGCAUCUCAUUAGACCCAGAUCGUAGCAAUGAGCUCCUUUCGUGGGCAAUUAGAGUUCUAGCACAACCAAAUGACACCAUUGUUGCCGUUCAUGUUCUUGUUGGUGAGGAGUCAAAGAAGCGUGAAUCGAUAAAGAGAAACCAAUCGCAGAUUCGACAAGCAAAGGCACAUGUUAUAUCUGUGCUUGGAGAAUUUGCAAGGACCUGCCAGUCUAAGCAGAUAAAUUUGGAGGCUAGAGUAGGAUUUAGCUCUCGUAUUGCUAGAGGGCUAGUUGAGGAAGCAAAAUCCAUUUCAGCUGAUUAUCUUCUUCUUCAUCGUUUGAGAAACCGAUCCAAUAGAACUUGGCAUGAAGGUAUAAGGUAUUGUUUUGAGCACGCCCCAGAAACCUGCACAUUACUUUCAUUAGGGAAAUGUGAAACACAGCGGGAUUCAGCUGGUAUAAAAGAAAUUCAUCAACCAAGUUCAAGGUGGUUGAGCAAGAACGGUGACGAUAACACUCGUAGAAGCAGGACUGCCUUCUCUGAUGAAAAGCAUAACAAAUCAGAAACAAAGAGACAGAACUCUUCACCAAGAACUGUAUUGGAUGAACUCGAAGCAGAAUCCCACUCUACAGAAGAUGAUACCUACAGUUCAGGAGGCUCAAGCAUUACAGAGUCCCCUCCUCUGGAUACCAAUUUCGAUGGCCAAUCAAAGACAAAGAAGCAGAUGUCUCCCUACAAACUUAUCUCCUCAAUCUUUGCUUCCCCAAUGAGAAAAAGAAACAAGAUUUUGUCCAACAAAGAAAAGCAGCAGCCUUUGUUAAAGUGCUUCACCUAUGAGGAGAUUGCCAAUGCCACAAAUAACUUUCACCCAGACAAUAUAGUAGGUCGAGGCGGGUAUUCAGAAGUAUAUAGAGGUGAUCUUUCUGACGGGAGAUCUAUUGCAGUAAAGAUGCUAGCCAAGGACAACAAGGAUGCUACCAAAGAGAAAGAGUUCCUCAUGGAAUUGGGCAUUAUCGGCCAUGUCUGCCAUCCAAAUACUGCUAACUUACUUGGCUGCUGCAUUGAAAAUGGAUUCUACCUGAUUUUCAAUUUCUCUCAAAAUGGGAAUUUGGCAUCUGCAUUGCACAGUAAAACAGGUGAGUCACUCGAGUGGCCAGUAAGAUACAAGAUUGCCCUUGGAGUGGCUAGAGGUCUGCAUUAUCUUCAUAAAUGCUGCAAGCACCGAAUAAUACAUCGGGACAUAAAAGCCUCUAAUGUUCUUAUAGGGCUUGAUUAUGAGCCACAGAUAACUGAUUUCGGGCUCGCAAAAUGGCUUCCUAACAAGGUGACUCACCAUGCUGUGAUUCCAAUCGAGGGUACAUUUGGAUACUUAGCACCAGAGUACUUCAUGCACGGAAUUGUGGAUGAGAAAACUGAUGUUUUUUCAUUUGGAGUUCUUCUUUUGGAGAUCGUAACUGGCCGGAUGCCAGUGGACUCAUCCAAGCGAAACCUUCUUUUAUGGGCAAAGCCUCUAAUGGAAUCUGGAAACAUCAUGGAACUAGCUGAUCCGAGACUGGAAGGGAAAUUUGAUUCAGACCAAAUGCAUAGAGUUGUGCUAACAGCUUCUUAUUGUGUGAGACAAUCAUCAGCAUGGCGUCCAUCAAUGAGUGAGGUGUUAGAGCUUCUAACCAGUGACCAUGACUCUGAAGUUGCAAGAAGCUGGAGGAUGCCCAAGUUUACAUCUGAUGAGUUGGAUGAUUACUCCAUGAUUUUUGGAUAUGAGGUCCCAGUUGACAUUGCUUUGGAGGAUUAUUUGUAA